GCAUGCCGAGGCCGGAGCCGACGCCUCACAGGCGCCAGACUCGCGCGAGGCAGUUCGCCGCCGAGGAUGUUGUCCGCAGGGAUCAGAGGGACAGAGCCCGGAUCGACUUUGACAGACGUUACGAGGUUGACGACGGCGACUCGGAGGUGAGGAAUCGACCGGUGCUCACCCAGGCUCAGCUUCCCGCGGCGGUCGCGGUGGCAUCCAUGCUGUACGCCCAGGGUAAGUCCGACGAUGCACGUAAGGUUUUGCGCCAGAUACUCGCCCUGGACCCCCACGACGCGGUGGCUCUGGAGCUUCUCAAGCGUGUGGCCCAUUCGGCGGCGAGCGCGGUGAAAGCCGCGGACGCGAUGGCGGCGAACAUGGAGGCCGCGGGCGAGGCCGCGCGGCGCAGGGAUGAGGCGAGGAUCGGUGAGAUGGCGCGCGCGAACGACGAGAACGACGCGCCCGAGGCGAUCCCGAUGAGGACGGGCAAGAAGGUAUUCCCCGAGCGGGCGCCGCGACGGCUCCCGCUGUGGCUCGACGAAGACGACGUCGACGAGGACACGCGCGAUUCUAAGGAUCUCGACGACGCGCUCGCCAUGGCGCGGACGGCGCUGGACCCCGCGUUAUUCGCGCGUGGGUUCUCCUGGUCGGAUCGGGAACGGCCGAUGUUCCACGACAAAGAGACGGAGGAUGACAUUCGCAAGGGAAAGAAACGCGGCGUGGUUGCUCCAAAGGUGACCACCGCAGAGCUCGACGCCCACCUGGAGGCGAAACUGGCCCGUGAGGCGGCGCAGAAAAAGGCGGACUGGGAGUUGGAGGUCAGCGAGGCCCAGAAGGCGAUGGCAAACAUGCGCGCGGAGGAGGAUGCCGAGAAGGACGCGCGAAGGGCCAAGGUCAUCGCCAUGCGGAAGGGCCUCGACGAGGGGUUGGCGCUGGCCAGGGCGAGGCACGCGGAGGAACACGCGCACAGGGUGAAGGAGUCCGUGGAGGCGUCCUCCGGGAACGAUGGCGGGGGUGGUGAGGUUGCGAGGACGGGUAAAAAGCUCCUGCGUCCACGGAAGCGCGAGCCAGCGCCAUGGGCCAUGCGGAGAUAGGCGCGCUAACUGGUCUACAAAUCUAAUAAGGGUC